UGUGUACUCGGACGGAAUCGAACUUGUGUAAGAUUGCCGAGAACGGCUGUUGAAUUAUAGAUUAGUCUAACCCGACUCGAUCCCUGAAGUACUGAAGUACUUGUGCGAUAAUCAAUAAACCAUCUUGGUCGGAUUGAAUCAUUCACCUCGUCUUCAGCCAGAAAGCCCGUGCCUUGCUUGAGUGUGAAGCCAUUCAUUUGCAUGUCAAGCCGUGAUCCCUCGUCGGUCUUUUUUGCCACUGCCUCCCAUCGUAAAUCACCGGGACCAUGUCGUUCUUCCGCAAUGCCGUCUGGUUCUGCAAAGGCCUGGGCGAAUAUACGCAAAGUGGCUACUUAGCCGCAGCCAAACAUUUCAAGCCCGAGGAUUUGGACGUCAAUUGUCAAGGCAAAUCCUACAUGAUCACGGGGGCCAACAGUGGCAUCGGGAAACAAGCGGCUCUGGAAAUUGCCAAACGAGGCGGGACCAUUCACAUGGUAUGCCGCAAUCCGACUGCCGCCGAAGAAGCCAAGACCCAGCUGAUGACCGAGAGCAAGAACGACGACAUCCAUGUCCAUAUCUUGGACAUGUCCGAGCCUCGAGACAUCUUGAGAUUUGCCGCGGAAUUCACCCAAAGAUUCUCGUCACUCAACGUUUUGGUGAACAAUGCGGGAUGUAUGGUUAAUACUCGAGAGAUAACCGAGGAUGGCUUGGAAAAGAAUUUUGCUACGAAUACGGUGGGGACGCACAUGAUUACCGAGGCUUUGAUUCCGGCUUUGAGUAAAGCCGAGGAUCCCCGGGUGAUCAUUGUGUCUUCGGGGGGCAUGCUGACCAAAAAACUCGACUUGAGCGAUCUCCAAUCCGAAAAGAUGAAGCCUUUUGACGGAACAAUGGUGUACGCACAGAAUAAACGUCAACAGAUCGUCAUGGCCCAUAAAUAUGCGGAGAAACAUCCCAAGAUUCAUUUCUCUACCAUGCAUCCAGGUUGGGCUGACACACCCGCUGUUAGGAGCUCAAUGCCCGAGUUUUAUGAAAAAAUGAAAAAUCGUCUCCGGACAGUUGAACAAGGUGGAGAUACUAUCGUUUGGCUGGCUGUGGCUGGUGACGCGUCCAAAGAAAAAUCCGGAUCGUUCUUUCAAGACCGGAAAGUGACGAGUGAGCACCUGCCUUUGGCUUGGACCCAAUCUAAACCUGAGGAAGAGGAGCAACUGAUGGGAAUUUUGAAUGAUUAUUACCAACGAUUCAGUUCUUAGAGCGGAACUCCAUCCAUUCGCACCCGUCAAUUCAUGAUUUUUAUUGAUGUCACUCCCUUGAUUUUUCCCAUAGCGUCCAUGUCUGCAAUAAAAUUUAGAUAGUA